GUUUAUUGAAAUUUACUCCAGGAGGUCACAGCUUCGAGAUAAAUCCACAAAAUGCCUGAGAAAACGAAGUAUAAUCUCGUGGACGACACGCUGGACCCGAGGAUGCCUGUGGACAACGACGACAUCUUUCAGUAUGGAAUCACGUUCGAGGUGAAGUUUGUGGGCAGUUUGGACGUGGUUAGACCCAAAAGCAGGCUGGAGAUCCUGGCAGCCAUGAGGAGGAUAAGGUAUGAGUUUAAGGUGAAAAACAUCAAGAAGACCAAAGUCAGCCUUGUCAUAGCAGUGGAUGGGGUCAAAGUGGUGUUGCGGAAAAAGAAAAAGAAAAAUGCAUACAGCUGGGAUGAAGGUCAGGUAACACUGGCCCAAGACCCCAUUUACAGAAUAUUCUACGUUUCCCAUGAUUCCCAAGACCUGAAAAUAUUCAGUUAUAUCGCAAGAGAUAAGAAGAAUAAUGUGUUCCGCUGCAACGUCUUCAAAUCCAAGAGAAAGAGUCAGGCUAUGAGGAUAGUGCGGACGAUCGGCCAGGCGUUUGAGGUUUGCCAUAAACAAAGCCUGGAUUCUGUCGAUGCUUGGUUAGUGAAGGGAGAGGAGGAAAGACGUGAGGAGGAGCAGACUCCACCCUCUGAUAUCAGCACAGAGGAGUCAGUCCAGAAGAAGGAUGCAAAGGUCGUCCCUGAAGACCCUGUGUUAGAAAUAGAGCCGUCCAGACUGGCGUCUCCUCUGUCUGAGCCCCUGACCGUGAGCCAUCAGGUUCAGCUGCUGCAGAGACAGCUCCAGCAGCAGGAGCAGAAGAACCAGGCCGCGUCAGCACAGGCAGUGCUGCUCCAGCAGCAGCUCAGUGUGGAGUCGCGGGCGAGGGCGGAGGCGCAGGCUCGGGUGGAGCAGCUCCUGCAGCAGAACAGCGAGCUCCUGCAGCAUCUCUCCCUGCUGGUCAAACACAUCCAAGAGCUGGAGCUCCGCACUCACUCCACCUCCUCCAUGGGAUCUCAGGACAGCCUGCUGGAGAUCGCACUGAGGGCCAACAUUUCGCCCGACCCGCCCCGGCCUUCCUCUCCACAGGGCACGGUUCCCCGAGAGCCUGGCCUGGCCAAACUGGAUUCUUCAUUCUGCUUCUUCCCAGGGCCUCCAGCGCAGGAGAAGAAAAAAGAGCAGGACCGAGACUCGGGCCAGGGUCAGGACGAAGAUCAGCUGGCUGAAGGGUCUCCCACAGAAGUCCAAUUCUUCAGUCCUUUGGAGACCCCUGGGUUCAGAGAGUCUGGCAUCGCGUCCGGCUACGAGUCCAACACUGACGAGAGCGAUGAUCGAGACAGCUGGGGUCAGUAA